GCCAUGAUCGGGAUAUUAUAUGGUUUCAUAAAACAUAUCCACUUGUACCUACGCUUCCUUCGAUCUCCAUCUGGGAUUAUCUCAUGAAUUAAAAAUCGAUCUGGAAAGCCUUUUCGAUCUGGUGGUGUGAGGUUUCCCGAAGCACGCAGUCUUGAGGAACGUGGAGUAAUGUAAACCUGAACAGCAUCUGUCCCAGCGGUGGCUGUUGGCACAAUGGGGCUGGACUUUGACGUAAAGACAUUCUGUCACAAUCUGAGGGCAACUAAGCCCCCUUACGAGUGCCCGGUGGAGACUUGCCGUAAGGUCUACAAGAGCUACAGCGGAAUUGAGUAUCAUCUUUACCACUAUGACCAUGACAACCCAACUCCUGCACAGACUAUGCCCCAGAAGAAGAGGAAGGGACGGCCUCCUCGCGCCUCACUAGCAGGGUCAGGGGAUACAGAUGAUGGUGGAGGUAAUGGAGGUGGGCCGGGGCAUGGAGGGAAUACACCCGGUAGCCCCAACCGGUCAGAGGUUUCUCACUCCCCGAGCAGGGAGACAAUGACUUAUGCCCAGGCACAGCGCAUGGUGGAGCUUGACAUUCAAGGACGCAUUCACCGCAUAAGCAUCUUUGAGAACAUUGAUGUAGUGUCAGAGGAAGACAGUGACGCAGAGGAUGCCCCACCAUCCGGUACAGGUGGCAGUGGUGGAGGGGUGUGUAACGGUAGUGACGGUGGAGCUGGAGGUAGUGAGGUUGGAGGCAGCGGUAAGGACCGAUCAGAUAUGCCGUCUUCAAAUGGGGGGAAAGCCACCCCAAAGUCUGGGAAGCAUAAGAGUAAAGAAAAGAAGAAGGAUGGCUCAUCCCACCAUCACAGCGCUCAGUCCGGCCCCGCAGUCAAGCUUCCUGAGGCGGUGUUCAGAGAACUGGACCAAGAAAGACCUGAUGCCCCCCCUCGGCCGUCAUCUUACUACAGGUACAUCGAUAAGUCUGUGGAGGAGCUGGAUGAGGAAGUAGAGUAUGACAUUGAUGAGGAGGACUACAUCUGGCUUGACAUCAUGAACGACAAGCGGCGGCGUGACGGUGUGACGCCCAUCCCUCAGGAGGUCUUUGAGUACCUCAUGGACCGCUUAGAGAAGGAGUCCUACUUUGAGAGCCACAACAAGGCGGAUCCGAGCACCCUAAUCGAUGAGGAUGCUGUCUGCUGCAUCUGUAACGAUGGCGAGUGUCAGAACAGCAAUGUGAUCCUGUUCUGCGACAUGUGUAACCUGGCUGUACACCAGGAGUGCUAUGGUGUGCCCUACAUCCCAGAGGGCCAAUGGUUAUGUCGUCGCUGCCUACAGUCACCAAGUAGAGCUGUGGACUGUGCUCUCUGUCCCAACAAGGGAGGAGCCUUUAAACAGACAGAUGAUGCACGCUGGGCACAUGUAGUGUGUGCUCUCUGGAUCCCAGAGGUCUGUUUUGCUAACACAGUCUUCCUGGAGCCAAUAGAUAGUAUUGAGCACAUCCCUCCUGCACGCUGGAAGCUCACCUGCUACAUCUGUAAGCAGCGUGGCUCAGGUGCCUGCAUCCAGUGCCACAAAGCCAACUGUUACACAGCCUUCCACGUCACCUGUGCCCAGCAGGCGGGCCUUUAUAUGAAAAUGGAGCCUGUCAGAGAGACCGGGGCCAAUGGCACCUCUUUCAGCGUCCGCAAGACUGCUUACUGUGACAUCCACACGCCCCCAGGAUCGGCCCGACCUUUAGGAGGAGUCGGUGGGGCCAGCAUGGGUUCGUCACACAGCGAGGGAGAGCUGGAGGAGGACGAUGAGCCCAGCAUCGGCCAUGACGAUGACUCCAAGGGCUGGAGCUCUGAGCGAGCCAAGAGGGCGAAGGCCAAGUCCAGACUGAAGAUGAAGAGAGCGAGGAAGAUCUUAGCUGAGAGGAGAGCUGCUGCGCCAGUUGUGUCUGUGCCCUGUAUACCUCCCCACAGGCUGAGCAAAAUCACCAGUAACUUGACGGUACCCAGGAAGAGCCAGUUCAUGCAACGACUCCACAGCUACUGGACCUUGAAGAGGCAAAGUCGCAACGGCGUACCUCUGCUGCGACGGCUUCAGACCCACCUGCAAUCACAACGACACAUUGAUCCCCUACCACCACAGCCGAUGAACCAGCUUCCUUCAGCAACUUGUAGAGACAGUGAGGAGAAACAGACUGCUUUAAAGGAGCAGUUGAAGGCGUGGCAGAGAUUGAGACACGACUUGGAGAGAGCCAGGCUGCUGGUGGAGCUCAUCCGCAAGAGGGAAAAACUCAAGAGGGAGACGAUUAAAGUCCAGCAGAUGGCGUUGGAGAUCCAGUUGACGCCCCUCCUGGUGUUGUUGAGGAGUACGUUGGAACAGUUGCAAGAAAGAGACACUAACAACUUCUUCACUGAGCCUGUACCGCUGGCAGAGGUGCCAGACUACCUGGACCACAUUGACACUCCAAUGGACUUCCAGACCAUGUGGAACCUUCUGGAGUCCCAUCGCUACCUCACCUUUGAGGCCUUUGAGGCUGAUUUUGGUCUCAUUGUCAACAACUGCCUCAAGUACAACGCCAAGGACACAGUCUUCUACCGUGCCGCCCUGCGUCUCAGAGAGAUGGGUGGGGCCGUCAUGAGAGUCGCCAGGCGCCAAGCUGAACGGAUCGGUUUCGACUUUGAGACCGGCAUGCACCUUCCCCGAGAGCCAAGCCCAGAGAGUCAGCGUGACCAAGACAGAGAGAGGGAGCGAGACCGGGAGCGAGACCGGGAGCGAGACCGGGAACGAGACAGGGACAGGGACAGAGACAGGGACAGGGACAGAGACAGAGACAGAGACAGGGACAGGGACAGGGACAGGGACAGGGACAGAGACAGAGACAGGGAAAGAGAAAGAGAAAGAGACCGGCAGCUGUCUUCAAAUGAGGAUGAUCUGCUCCUGCCAGAGAACAGGCGGCGGCUACCGCUGGAAGAGCAGCUGCAUUACCUGCAGGUGCGCCUGGAUGAGGUCAACUCAGGGAAGCACAGCAUCGGUCAGUCUCGUAGAGCCAAAGCUCUGAGAAAGGAGAUUAGCGUCAUCAAGAGGAAACUCGCACACCAGCGAGAGGGAGGCUCCAGUAUGGGGUCCAGGGAGUCUGUUGGAGUAGGAGAUCGUGGCUCUUCCCUCCCCCAUCACACAUCCUCCGCAGGACACCACGACGAAGGGGGAGAGAGCAGCAGCCAGGAGAAGGAUCUGAGUGUGUCCUCAUCUGCCUUGGCUCCAGAGGUGGGCCGUCGGACGUCUGUUCUCUUCUCCAAGAAGAACCCGAAAAUGGCUGGACCCCCGAAAAGGCCAGGGAGACCCCCCAAGAACCGGGAUGCUGGCUACGGUGGGACAGGUGUGAGCCCCAGCCCUAUUGGUCCUCCUCAGCUGCCUCUGCUGUCACCAACCAGGCAGAGGAAAAGGCAACGCAGCCCGCACAGCAGCUCCAGCUCUGACAGUGACAGUGACAACGAUGACCUGCUACCAGGUUUGCCAAGUAACGGUUUUGAUGGAGGAAACCAGCCAGUGACAGAAAGCUUUCGUGUGUACAGAAAUGAGCCUCGACUCCCUCGUUCCAGCUCAGACUCGGAGUCCACAACCAGUAGUAGCAGCAGUGCUGCUUCUGACAGGACCAGUACGACACCGUCUAAGCAGGGCAGAGGAAAGGCAUCGUUCUCUCGCUCUGCCUUCCAGGAGGACAGCAGCGAGGAGACGUCUGGCACCGAAAAUGAUUCCUACUCUGUUGGAGGAUCACGUAGUGUUUCACAUUUGGUGCGGGGCCGUUCCAGGUCAGGAUGCUGGAUGACCUCUGAUGACUAUUCUUCCCUAGAAGCUCUGGACCUGGUGUGGGCAAAGUGCAGAGGCUAUCCUUCAUAUCCUGCUCUGAUAAUUGACCCAAAGAUGCCCAGGGAAGGGGUGUUCCACCGGGGUGUUCCAAUCCCUGUCCCCCCUUUGGAUGUACUGAAACUAGGGGAGCAAAUGACCCAGGAGGCUAGGGAGCACCUGUUCUUGGUCCUCUUCUUUGACAACAAGAGAACCUGGCAGUGGCUACCGCGCUCUAAGCUGGUGCCGCUCGGGGUGGACCAAGAGCUGGACAAGGAGAAAAUGCUGGAGGGCAGGAAGUCGAACAUCCGCAAGUCAGUACAGGUGGCUUACCACCGUGCCAUGCAGCACCGCAGUAAGGUGCAAGGAGACCCCAGCAGCGAGACCAGUGACAGUGACUGAACAAACACAUGUGCACAGACCUUAUGUGUUGGUCAGCGCAGAUGUUGUGGAGUAUACGUUUCUCAGUAGAGAGCCCAGCCCUACAUCGCAGAACACAGAAAACAGUGCCAGUAGCACAGAGUGGAAAAAAAGAUCCACUACAUUGGCCCCAGGACACACACACACAUGCACAUGAAGCCGUAUUUAAUCUGACAUGUAAAAUAUUGUAUUUAAGAGAAUUGAAAAAAGGUAUUAAUAAUAAUGAUGGAAAAAGAUUCUAUGUUCAGAAUCAUGAAUCAAAAAUAUUCCUUGUAUGUGGUUGAUAAAUGUUUAUUAACAAAUGAGAUGAUGGUUUACAGACUCAACAAAAAAUGAACAUAGUAUUACACACACAUUCACAGGUGUAGUUUCACACUUCAACGGGGAAAUGCAUGCAGUGUACAAUAAAUGCACACACUGUGGGAAAAGCUGCGAAUGCCAUUGCCCCAGCACGUCUUCUUCACAUCCACCUCUCAAAAAAUACGACAAAGGAGAAAAAAAAAACAACAGGCCUGGUGCUAAUGUCCAGUCAUUUGUCAGUUGAGCACAAAAAAGAGACUGUUGCAGCCUAAACUGUGGGCAAACCAACUUAAUGUUAUUUAUUCUGCUUACUCCUUAACAAGGUCCACAAGCUCGUCUCAACACGGACAACUUCCUAUCACUCCGGCCACACAAGACAUCGUUGUGUGGUCCCUUUUUUGUCUGUCACUCUGUGUUCAUCAUGUCUCCUGUUUUUACAUUUUUGUUAACAUGUGUCUGUGUCGCACAGGCCGCUGGUCAAUGAAUAAUGAGGACUAAACUGAAACACAUGAUCGCCUCACUGUCUGUCUUAGUCUCAGGCUGAUGGCUUUAGAACUUUUUAUAUAUACAGAUUGCAUAAAGAUAGAAGUUUAAUAAAAAGAAUUGAGUU